UGUACACAAAAGAAUUUGAAUUAAUUUUAUGUUAACUGAUUGUGAGAUUUUAGAAAAAAAAAUUGCACCAGAAACAAUGAUUGUCUGUGAUAGUUCUUGACAUAAUUUUAACGUUUAUUUCUCACAAUCAGAAGCAGCUUCCAACAUCCCUCAACAGAUAGCGGACGGACCCCUCUAAAAAUCACCAUAAUUAUACCUGCAUUGUAGAAAACCUCCCCCAGAGUGCCUUUAUAGCGUCUUUUCACAAAAAAGCGGAGCAGCUGCGCCCGCGGCCAGGGCCAGCCGCCGCCAGAUUGUUCGACCGCAGUAGCAUUUUCUUUUUCGAUCUCGCUUUGAAUGUUGAUGGUCAAGGUUUUCCCACAAAAUUUCAGCACAACACAUCUAAUUUCGCAUCACCACAAUUAAUUGCCUACAAUAUUAAGACGACGAGAUGAAGAGUUCGGAUAAAAGUAAAAAUGCGCCCACCCGCAAAACCUCCCCAAGUGGAAAGGAUGCGCCAAAUGAGACAAAAGGAAUCUCUUCACCACCUUCUCGUCCUAAAUGCUCGCCCGAAAGAGACACGCACGUGUGCUGGCGAAAAUCGUGCAAACACUGCAUCCCUAAACGGAAACAGCUCAAACAUUUUGUUCCAAGUUUCGCCGGUGAUCACAGCCCAAACGAAAGGACCAAAUAUAUGCUGGCCGAAAAACAGGCAAUGACUAAAAGAAUCAAAAGAAAAGUGGCUGCUGACUUCCCGUGGGUUAAAUUCAGAGACCCUUCAAUUAUAGAUGUGCCCUUGGACCAUGGCUUAGUUGGAGAGCUGCCGAUAGUUUUCCGACUCAUUCGCACGCAAAAAAGAAAUUACAGUUAUCUCAAGGGCAUGGAAUGCUCCAUUCCAAGGUAUUUGAACACGGGCUUUUACGACGGAAGUCAAGUUUUAAGCCCAGAGCACAAAACAGAUAGCGAUCGACUAGACGCACUUGCCACAGCAAUCAAUCACGUUUUCUAUAUGGAAUGCAUUGGACUGCAAUACUGGAAAGCCAUGAUGGAAAGCAAAAAUGAGAACCUCUACGCAGACGACGAUAUCGUGGAAAUAAUGGCUUGGCAGGCGUUUAUCAACACGCAAUCAGAGGAGACGUACAGACAAGAUGAUUUUGUGGAGGGAUACGAGCCGUCAGACUUUCUGUUCAACCCAGGCGUUUUGUGGCAGCUCCACCAAAACCCGGUCCUCUUCAACCAAUGGUUAAUGGCCGCUCUCUACGUCCUGCUUGGAUUUGAGAGGAAAACUGCAUUUCUCAGGUUCACGCCGAUGCCAAUGCACCUAAUGGCGCCUCUAGUUCAAAAUGUCCUGGUGUUCCUGAGAGAUCUGAGGAGAAGAAUCGGCUACGGGUUUUUAUUGAUUGGAUACUUAGUCGAUAUUUAUCCGCAGAGGGACACAAGGGUCAUCAAGCUAAUCAGAGAGGACAUCGUGGCGCCCUCACUGGCCACACUGAAGGUUCUGCUGUUGGAAGAACACUUCCAGCACCUCAUCGAGAUUUUGCCAGAAUUACUUCCGUUUUCACGGCUCCUUCGUACAGUAGGGGAAGAUGUUGUCAUGGACAUGAGAAACUAUUCUCUUCUGGACGAGGUGGAGGACCAAGACUUUUCAAACUAUUCAAGACAUCAGGUUUCCUCAUUCCUGUUUCACGCGGACCCAGCAGCACAAAAGUCUUGCUUUGGCAAAUUGAAGACUAAAAUUGAAGAUCUCAAGGAAAACAUCAACAAAAGUAAAAUUUAUCCGUCCUGGUUGUGGAGGCAAGUCCCUAUACCUAUGCAAUUGAUAUAUCAUCCAAACAGUCCUCUGUGGGUUGCAAUGGACACUUACCUUGAAGAGUAUCUUGCUUCCACCAAGAGAAAAGACUUGCCCCCCAGGAUGCACAUAAUCAAGGAAAACUACGAGACGUUGCUCGAAAGGGUGGAAAAGGCCUGCGAAAAAAGUGAGCCCCACAGAGGCUGCCUGUCAACUUUGCUGAGAGAAGAACAAAGAUUAGUCUUGGAGCAACUGAAACACUUCAGCUUUUUUAAUGAUGUAAAAUACCCAGAAGUUUUCAAGCACAGCAUGGGCGCAUUGAAAGACGAAGCACUAAGAUUAUCUAAAAUCGAAAAUAGCAGCAAGUCAGAACUGAGGAAUUUGGAAAGAAAAUUCCUGAAACAGUGGGAUGGAAAGAAGACUCCGUACAGCGGAUCUCUGUUCCAAAACCUGAAUGCUAAGCAAAGUUUGGUGGAGGCAAGCCUUCUCCAUGUCACGAACAAAAUCGUAUCAGAUGCAGCUUCACGCGAACCAACGAAAGUCUAUCAUGAUUGGGGAUUUGUUUAUUACGUUCUGCCACAAUUAGUGGACUGCUUUUAUACUGGAAGCCCUGAAAAUAAUGGUUUUAAUGACAAGUUCUCUGUUGAAUUUUUAAAUGCGAUUAUUGAAUUAUUUUCAAACGAUUACGAUUCAAAUAUUGCUUCUGAAAAUGACUGGUUCCGCAAAGUAAAUAUAUAUCACAUUCCAAAGCUUUUGGCAUUUAAUAAACUGAUGCUUGACCGCACCAGCAAGGAAAUUGCAAUAAAAUCCGGCUACUUUACAAUUCCAAUCUCAAAAAUAAGCGAAAUGUUAACAUUAAAUGCAGCAAAACACUUUUACUUAAAUGACCAUAUAAACACACCUUCCUUUGAAAUUGUGUACUACAAAUGGACCAGGAAAAUUACUAAUUGGUUGAACAUGCUAUUCUUUGCCACAACCGAGUCCAUCUCGAAAUGUUCCACUUUUACCACAGAGGAUGGAAUCAAGAAGAAGAGUUUGCUGCUGGCAAUUUAUUCGAUGGUUGAGCUGGUGACGCUUUUCCAAGUGGAAGGCUCGGCCGAGUUCUCGGCGCACCUGAAACACCUGAACCAGUUGUGCCAAAACCUGGACGAGACGUACACGGCGCUGCUGCUGGAGCAAAACGGCGGCGGCGGCGCCGAGUGUGCCGGCGCGGCGAGCGCGUGGCAAAGGGUGGGGGUGGUGCUGUACCUGCUGUACGAAAUGCGCAAGGCCGUGGACGUGCCGCGCGAGUACAGCCCUCCCGAGUACUACCCCGAGGAGGCCAAGCUGGUGCUCAGGCACUUCGCCGCCAAAGACCUGCUCAAGUUGAAACUGGCGGCGAUCGGCCUGUGCGUGACCGAGCCGCACCGCCGCAACCGCACCAUCACCACCAUGGCGCUGGUCAACAAGUCGUCGCCAAAGUUGUUCGCCCCGUACACGGCGCGCAUCAAGAAGGGCCGCAUCCGGCGCUGGCACGACGACCUGCUGCUCCCCGUCAAGCACUGUCGCUUCUGCGGCAACCUCGACCACGCCAAGCUCACCAUGUGCACCGCCUGCGUCGACAACGACGACUACCCCGACGUCAACUGGUUCUGCGGCCACGAGUGCGAGGCCGCCGCCAUGCAAAAGUGCAAACAUGAGGAUGAACAUGUUGCCUACAUUAUGAGUAAAAUUAGUAUUUAAAUAUACGUAAGUUGUU